AUGUCAGACAACAACUCAAACAACAAUCAACAAGGUAACUUGAUGGAUGCAGCCUCAAAUGCAGCAGGUAUCUUGGGUGGACAUGCUCAAUUAGCACAAGGUGCAACACAAGAACAAAUUGGUAAUUUACUCAAUUCGGAUGAAUGGAAAAAGAGCGGUAUCGAUUUGAAAGGUGAUGCCGCCGAUAACAUCAAAAAAGCUUAUGAUGAUUUCAAAGCUCAAGGUGGUAACGAUCAAGAUCUGAUCAACAAAUUCAGCUCUGCUGCUGAUAAAGCCUGCCCUGAAACUGGCAGCGGUGUCGGUAGUAACCAACAAGGCAACUAGAUGUAUGAUGCACUUUGCAGCACUAGAUGUAUAUUUGGAAUAAGUAUGAAGUUACAUAAAUUGUUCUUUGUGUUGUCCGCC